AUGGACCAAGAGUCCUUCCGACGCCUUCUAGCCACCCAAUCUGCUACCGGUGCAACCAAGCAUGCCAACCAGUCGUUUCAGAAAUCGCGUGGCUCUCUGUUUCCGUCCACUUCGACAAGCAAGACUGUCUCCGCGUCUGAACCCGCAUUCAAACCCCGCAAAUUGAAAAAGGCUGACGAGGGGGCUGAUAAAUACCGAAAUCGAGCUGCAGAGCGGAGAGACGGGCAAGGGAACGACUAUGCUCAGGUGGAAGCGAUUCUGACAGACCUGGAAAGGCGGCAAGGCCCAAAUAGGCCCGUAACCGACGAGCAGCGGCGCCUCCUGGGCGGGGACGGCGAGCAUUCCAUUCUAGUCAAGGGCCUCGAUAUGGCUCUCCUCGCGCAAAACAAAGCCAAGGCAGCCUCCUCCGCCGCGGUUGACGACGAGUCGCUUGAGCAAGCCUAUAACCACGUUUCGGAGCCUUCAACUGCACCUGCUACUACUGGGAAGAAGCGCACACGCGACGACAUAAUACGCGAACUAAAGGAGAAGAAGGGUGGAAAUACGGCCAGCCAGCCACAAAAUGCAUUGGAUUCGAAGUUCAAGCCUAUCGGAUUCAAACCUAUUGGGAGCACGGACGAUAAGAGGAAGAAGAAGGGCUUAGAGGGAGACAAAGACCGGAAGAAAAAGAAACGGAAAGUAGAGGCUGAAACCACGAAACCAGAGUUAUCGCAAACGACGUCAACGUUACCACCCAAAACCGACGUUCCAUCGCUACCUCCACCUGAAGAAGAUCCAGAUGAUGAUUUCGACAUAUUUUCUGGAGUAGCAGAGUAUAGAGGGCUCGACGACAACGACAUGGCCGAUGAAGACAAAACGACAACGGACGAAGUAUUGCUACCUCCUCCCGGGGCAAGAGGCUGGUUUGAUGACGGACCUCAAGAAGAAGAGACAUCCAUACCACCAGCUUCUACAAAACCACCAAUAGAACCAAUACCUCCGCCUCAUGAGCCCGAUAUCGACGAAGAGGAGCAGCCAAUGCGACUUGUUCCACUUGCGAGUUCUGCGAUGCCGUCCAUCAGGGACUUUCUCUCAAUGGGCGAAGAGUCGGGGAGCAAAAAGAAAAAGAAAGGAAAGAAGAAGAAAAAGGCAGGCAAGGGUGAUAAUGACGACGACGAAGAUUGA